AUGGCGCUUAAACCGUUACCCCACCCGAAGAUUGUGAAGAAGCACCCCAAGAAGUGGCACAGGCACCAGAGCGACCGCUACGUCCGUCUUGGCGAUAAGUGGCGUAAGCCGAAGGGUAUCGACAACAGGGUUCGUCGGCGUUUUAAGGGUCAGAUUCGUAUGCCAAAUAUCGGCUACCGGACGGCCAAGCGCGUUAGGCACAUUCAUCCAGAUGGAUUCAAACAUGUUUUAAUCAACAAUGUCAAGGAACUUGAAGUCUUACUGAUGCAACAUCGCACCCACGCGGGUGUGAUUUCUAGGACGGUUUCAAGAAAAAAUCGCGUCAAGAUCGUAGAACGUGCAAAGGAACUGAACAUUCGUAUUGUUAAUCCCAAUGCCAAGAUAAGGCUUACGGAGAAUGAGUAG